AUGUCAAGCAGGGAAAGGAAAGCCACUGACAGUGCUGGCAUGUGCCCAAGGCUGGAUCCAAAUCUCACAUCAGAUGACACCCAGAACCCAGAUGCAAUCACCCCAGUGGACAAAGGAGUCAUUGAUGUCAGUAGUGAGGACAUUACUUCCUCUGGAAAAGAAGGGCAACAGGCCAGGAAGGAAAUACAGGAUUUAUUUGAAGAAUUUGAAGGGAACUUUACAGUAAUUGUUGCAAGAUUAUAUUUCAAUACAGAGCCCAUUAAGAACUUUCUUCAGGGAAACAGAGAAAGAUUCACAGCGAUCAUCAUGGCAUCUUUUGAAACCAUGGAGCAGAGAGUUGAGGAUGUCCUAAAAAUCCAGUGUGAACAAAGGCAGAAACUUUAUCAAGACUAUUCUCUUCAGAUUAUGAAUUUGAAUAGGAAGUUAUCCAUGGAUGCAGAUCAAGUCAAGAAACAGGCAGAAAAACUCUCUAAUAUGUUUAAGGAGCAACGAAAAUUUAUUCAUCAGUCUCUGAUUCUUCAGAAGAAGAGAAUGGAAGGCUUUAAAUCACUGUGUGAACAAUACUUGGAGAAACUUGAGGUACUGAGGGAUUCUCGGGGAAAUUCUGUGGCUGAAGAGCUGAGACAUCUAAUAGCCACCUUGGAAAUAAAACUUCUGAUGGUGAAUCGCCAGCAAGAGAGUGCUGCUGCUCAACAGUCUCUCCUGGAUCUGUUAUUCUCAUAAUACCUUGAAGAAACGAAAGUCCAUACAAGGGGAGCGAGCGAUUGUUUCAUGGAAAUUCGCUGGGUGAAGCUGAUUGACAUUUGCAGCUUCAGUGACUACAUCUUCUUGCGUCCCCCCUGUUCCUAAAGAUAAACCCAAAUAAACCCAAGGAUUUGUGUGACAGCAGUCCAAAGAUGUCUAUAGGAACCUCCAGCCCUCGGGUAGUAAUGGCGAGUUUUUCUUUUCUUGGUAGCAUCAUAAUUAACAGUUAGCACUGCGUUGAUGUCGAUACAGUGGGGUCUCAUACCUCAGCAUCACUUUCAGAAAUCAGAAGGCACAAGAGUGGUCCACCCUUGUCAUCUUCAGAGAAAUAAUUAAAGAAGACACACUCUUGCCAUUACAUUCCGCUAUUAAAUUUGUUCAGUCAUGGAGCCUAUGGGGAUGACCAUAACCGUCCAAAGGGAAUGUGCCCUGUAUACUUCAUAAAAGACUGUGCCCCUGAAUUAGUUAAACUGGUAGAAUUCCUUAAACCUCCCGAGUAAGAAAGAUGUGAGUAAUGUGACAUAAGUUUUUGGAAAUGUCACUUUCAGACAAAAUUUACAAGGUCUUUGAAUUAAAUGGGGUCUGCUACCCAAAUGUCAUCUGCCUGUCACACCUUAAGAGUUGAUCCUUAGCACCUGUACAGCUCAGUUCCUCAUAGUUUAUGUAUUUUGU